AUGAAUAAGAACUAUUCUACCAAGAAUGAUACUUCUCUUUCGUCAGAAGUUUUUUAUGACAAGCGAGAAAACACUGGAAGCACUAAGCACUCUGUUGAUUCCUCGAUUAGAUCUUCGAUUUCGCUUUCACCUUCAUCUAAUGCGCCUAUGGGUGAUGUAAAAUGCUGUCAACCAUCAAACUAUGAUGAUGAUGAUACUUGUUAUUAUGACACUACACAUUCCAAAGAAGAUUAUUAUGAAGAAGAUUAUGAAGAAGAAAUGGAACAUGAUAUCGAAGGUAAAGAAUCCAUGACAGAAGAGGAAUAUUUGGCUAAAAAGCGAAAAAGACGUAUCUUGUUUACCAAAUUACAAACAUACGAGUUGGAAAAACGGUUCAGACAGCAGAAGUACCUCUCAGCACCUGAAAGGGAAAGCCUCUCAAAGAUAAUAAAUCUAACUCCCACUCAGGUCAAAAUAUGGUUUCAAAAUCAUCGAUAUAAAUGUAAGAGGUCUCGCCAAGAACGUAGGAAACAAAGGGAAAUUCUAAGUCAAGUACUGACUAAUAAGGUUCAGGUCUCCAAUUUUCGAGAUGGUGAUAUUAGUAUAAACAAAAGAAUAUCUGAAGAAGAAAACGACUCACCAGAACAGAAGCCACAAUUUAAUAACCACAAAAAAUACGAAUGGAGCGAACUCAGUCACGUCAAGGCUCAUUUUCACGGUACCAAUGAUCAUAAUCAUGCAAUUCCUAAUACCCCUUCUAACGAUCAGGAUGAAGAGGACUAUUACGAGUACUUUAAACGUAGCACUAGCCAUAGAAAAUUUCCUAAAUCAGACAAGAACAACCCUUUUUACAGUGUUUUCGACGAAGAAAAAGCCUCAAAUAUAAUUAUAGAAACAAGUAAAGAAUCUAAACCAAUUGUAAUACAACAUAAUCAGGACAAAAGUGCUAAAAAAAACAUUCACGACAUUCAUAAAUCUAGGGCUUACGAUACAUCUCACAAAAGGAUGAAGAGGAUAAGACAAUUAACCCUUGCCAAAUUUAAAAAAAAUAAUCUGCAACUCGCUCAUGGGAAUAAGAUGAAACAUAAUUAUGAAAGUAAUAAUACACAGGUUCCUACAAACUAUUGUGUUGAAGCAUGCCAAAAGUAUGUUCAAACGCCUCCCUACAAUAUCCAUCAUCCCUAUAUGAACCCUGAUUCUCCGCAAAGAUAUUGGUUCAAGGGACCAAAAUUUAAUAAUAACAAUAAUAUCAAAGAUGGGCACAUUAAUAGAACCUUUGAUUAUAUAGAAACAUCGGAAAACAGAGCUGUGAAACUCAAAUCUGAUAAAAUUAUUGACACUUAUGCUAACUAUAAAAAAUAUUUGGAGCACUCACCAAGCACAGAAUUUGCCAAUGUUACUCAUGUAAAUUCAGAUUUUGAUUCAAGAAUGCACAAACAAUACAUCGAUAAUUUAUUAUAUUCUCAUUUCCCUCUCACAAAAAGCUACCAAUAUUAUUAUCACCCAAAGGCCAAAAUUAUUGAAUAA